UACUUUAUCUUUGUUCAGUUCGUUCCCUCUUAUCUUUCUAACUUGACCCCCUUCCUCCGCUUCUCAGCCAACAUUGUCACUACAACUCACCAGCGCCACCGUUCAUGGAGGCGGACGGUUUCCGAAAAUUGGACGAGGAGUCGCUGGUGGAAUACAUAAAGGCGACACCUGCUUUGAGUUCGAAGCUUGGAAACCAACUCGAUGGUAUGCAUAUCAAAGAAGUCGGAGACGGCAAUCUCAAUUUCGUAUACAUCGUCGUUGGAUCUGCUGGUUCUUUCGUCAUCAAGCAGGCUAUUCCUUACGUCCGCUGCAUAGGGGAGACAUGGCCUAUGACAAAGGAGCGUGCAUAUUUUGAGGCAAUGACUUUAAAAGAGCAUGGCCGAUUAUGUGCUGAUCAUGUACCAGAAGUUUAUCAUUUUGAUCGUGCUAUGUCCUUGAUAGGAAUGCGUUACCUGGAGCCUCCACAUAUUAUCUUGCGGAAAGGUUUGAUCGCUGGAGUUGAAUACCCAUUGCUUGCGGAGCACAUGUCGGAUUAUAUGGCAAAGACUCUUUUCUUCACAUCCCUUCUUUACCUUUCAACCACAGAUCACAAACGAGCUGUUUCCGAAUUUUGUGGGAACGUGGAAUUAUGCAGGCUUACUGAGCAGGUUGUAUUCUCAGACCCCUACAGGGUGUCUCAACAUAACCGCUGGACUUCUCCUCAUCUUGAUCAUGAUGCUGAGUCAGUCCGGAAUGAUAAUACUUUGAAGCUUGAAGUUGCUGAGUUGAAAACUAUGUUUUGUGAGAGAGCCCAGGCACUAAUCCAUGGGGAUCUCCAUACUGGUUCUGUCAUGGUGACUGGUGAUUCUACUCAGGUUAUAGAUCCAGAGUUUGCAUUUUAUGGACCAAUGGGGUAUGAUAUAGGGGCCUUUCUGGGGAACUUGUUUUUGUCUUUCUUUUCACAAGAUGGGCAUGCUGAUCAGGGAAAUGACCGCAGAGGAUACAAAAAAUGGAUCUUGACAACCAUAGAUGAGACAUGGAACCUCUUUGAGAAAAAAUUUACCACACUUUGGCAUCAUCACAAGGAUGGACCUGGUGAGCUAUAUUUUCCUGAUAUAUAUAAUAGCCCCGAGCUUCGGCUGUUCGCAAAGAUAAAGUACAUGGAGAACUUGUUUCAUGACAGUCUUGGAUUUGGGGCUGCUAAAAUGAUAAGGAGACUAGUGGGUGUAGCUCAUGUUGAAGAUUUUGAAUCAAUUCAGGAUGCUAGCAAAAGAGCAGACUGUGAGCGCAGAGCUCUCAACUUUGCAAAGAUGCUUCUGAAGGAAAGACGUGGAUUCAAAACCGUCAGUCAAGUUAUAGCAACCAUUCAGUAAUUUAAAAUUUUAAACCAUGAUUAGCUGGUUUCUUGUUUGGUUGGUCUUCGUGGGGAUGAU